AUGGACCCAACCAAGUUCGGAGUCUCUUCGAUUCCCUUGAACCACGCUCCCUACGGGCCCAUCACGGACGACAAACUCAAAGGCUUGAACCAGGGGAAGGUCGCCCUCGUCACAGGCGGAGCGAGAGGGAUCGGACGGGCAAUAUCAGGGAAACUGGCCUUAUCUGGCGCCAAUAUCGCGAUAUUAGACCUCCUGGAACACGAACUUGCAGAAAGCAAAGUCCUGGGCGAGUCGUUUGGGGUCAAAGUCAAGACUUAUGUGGUUGAUGUUACCGACGUGGACGGCUUGAGGGCCGUGUUGAAGCGGGUGGAGGAGGACCUGGGACCGAUUGAUAUCCUGGUGAACAACGCCGGAGUAUCUCCCGGAAAACCACAGUGGAUGGAAAGCUUUGAGGAUUUCUGGAGGACGAUCGAGAUCAAUUUCAAGAGCGCAAUGGUCACUACCUGGGCUCUGCUCCCCAAACUACGCGAAAGGAAAUCCGGAGUCAUUAUCAACAUCGCCUCUCGCGCCGCAACUGUUGACUUCCCCUUUGCCGUCGGCUACAAUUCUUCAAAGGCCGCCGUGGCCCGCGCGACCUCGACUUUGCAGGAAGAAAUCGAACUGGACGGAUUGGGCGACGGGAUUCAGAUGUAUGCGCUGCAUCCCGGGGGCGUGCCUACCGCCAUGUCGAAAUCCGAAGUUCGCAUGGACCUCCUCGAGAAGUACCCGUCUCUCACACAGCACGGGACGGACUUCCAGGCCCUCUUCAAGGAUCCACCGGAACUGUGCGGCGCGACGUGCGCGUAUCUGGCGGCCGGGAAAGCAAAGGAACUGAGAGGCCUGUACUGGGACUGUAGGCAGGAUAUUGAGCGAGUAGUCAGGUAUGGAAGGGAGAGGCUGAUGAAAGAGGGCAAGUACGUGCUCAAGAUUGAUUUUGUCGAGGGUUACAAAAAUGAGCCGUAA